AUGGAUGAAUAUUGCACAGAAUAUGAUUUAAUGAUACACAGUAACAAGCAAGUUGAAAAACCAUCAAAUAAAAGAAAUUCAUCUUCUGAUAUAGAAUUGAUAGAUGAAAACCAUUCUAUUAUUGAUUCUAAAUCAAGUCUACUAACUAGAAAACAAAGACUUAUUGAUUAUUUAACUACAACUCACACACCUGAUAAUAACAUUACGUCAAAUAAUAAAUUACACAAUUUUUCUACUGUUAAUUUGAUUAAUUUUGUACCAAAAAUUGAUGAUUAUAACAAACCAGUGAAAGUUAAAUCCCAAUGGACCCGUACUAGUCAAUUGGAGUUAGCAGAAACUUCUACUAAUAAAAAUACUCAACCUAUAAAUAAUUUAUCUAAAUCUGAAAAAAUCAAUGAGAUAUAUACAAUGGACGUUUCACCUGCAAAUAGUAUAAUUAAUCAAAUUAAUGAACAUACAGAUGACACUAGAAAAACCGAUAAAAAAACUGAUGCUAAUUCAAACUGUGGAAGAAAGUGUUAUGUUGUUGUAGACAAACUUUAUGAUGAUUCUAUACCAGUAAAAAGAAAAAGGGGUAGACCCAAAAAAAAAAGUAACAAUAUUACUUAUAAUACAUCAGUAAUUUCAAAAAUUGGUAAUCAAGAUCCAGUUAAGACAAAUUCAAAUGCUGAUAUGGAACCUAAAAAUACUGAUGAACCAAAAGUUAUAAAAAGAGGUCGAGGCAGACCGAGAAAAAAUAAAUUGACAUCAACUACUAUUCAAAUACCACCAAUUGUUUCAAAUUCAGCUCCAGCAAAAAAACGAAAAAGAACAAAACAAGGUUCCACUGUUUUAAAAAAGCCAUGUACAACAAAAUUGAACAAUGAUGAAAUUAUUGAUUCAGAAUCGCACAAAUUAGGUCCGGGACAGCCUGCAAAGUUGUCUUCUAGUGAAGUAAUAAAAUCUUUAACUAAAAAAUUAAAUAAAAAUUUUUCGAAUUAUGAUAAAACAGAAGUAAAUGAAAACAUUCCUGAAUCUGGUGAGAGAUCAUUUUCACCAAUCAUGUUAUAUCCAGGCGAUGGUAUUGAUUUUAAGUGUAUAACUAUAUCACGAUUUGAUAAUACAGUAAAAUCACCACAGUUUACUUCGGAAGGAUGUGAUACAUUAAUUAACCAAGAAAACACUACACGCAUUAAUUUUUUAGAAGGAUGUGAUAACUCAAAUGUACAAGAAAACACUAUAACUGUAAAUAUUUUAGAAGAAUGUGAUAACUCAAAUGUACAAGAAAAUACUAAAUCUAUUAAUUUUUUAGAAAGAUUUGAUAACUCAAAUGUACAAAAAAAAGAAUCUGUUAAUUUUUUAGAAGGAUGUGAUAAGUCAAUUGUACAAGAAAAAACUACUUCUGUUAAUUUUUUAGAAGGAUGUGAUAAGUUAAAUGUACAAGAUAAAAUUGAUUGUAUUUCUGGUACAAUAAUUAAAAUCAAUGAGUUUUUAAUUGAAAGUGAACAAGAUGUGUUCUCUGAACUUGAAAAAGUAGAUUGGAAUUUACCACCUAAAAGGAUUAGAUCAAACAGUGUUAAUGAAUCUACUAAAAUAAAACAUCGGAGAAAUUCUCUUACUGAUAAUUUUGUGUACAACCCAACAAACAAAUCCAAAAAAAGUAUGUUUGAGGAUUUUAAGUCACUGAAAUCUUGGAAAAGUGUUUCUUAUUUAGAACGUGGACCAAAUGUACAGGCUGAAAGAUUCAUAAAAAAUGAACUGGUUAAAAAAUUUAGAUCAAAAUUAAAACGUAGCAGAAGUUUUCCAAACUGUUUAUUUUUAGAUACAGUCAUCUGGAGAUUUCUAGUUCAAGAAUGUGAAUAUGAAUGUGAUUCAGAAGAAAAUUAUGAGUCGUCAUCAGAUUUGGAUGCAGAUUCAAAUUCAGAUUCUGGUGGAUGUGAAAAUAGUGAGCCCAUACAAAAAUACGAACAACCAGAAGAGAAAACCAACUAUAUGUCUGGAAAUUUAGAUAAUUUAAAUAUGUUGUGUUCUACUAAUGAUCUACCAUCAUUCCAAAUACCUCCAAAUAUAAGUGAUUUGGAAAAUUCUGAAAGUGAUCCAGAGGAUCACAGAGGUUCUGAUAAAUAUGAAUGCCAUUUCCUUGAAAAUAGUGUACUCCCAAACAUAAGCAAAUUGAAAAAUUCUGAAAGCGAUCAAGAAGAAUCUGAAGGCAAGAUUAGACGAUCUAAGCGAUUAAAUACAAAAUUUAAGGCUAGUGAUAUGUUAGAGGAAGAAUAUUUAUUAUCAUCUGAAAAUUUAAAAAUUGACUCUUUACUGUUAGCUGAUGAAAUUCGAAAAGACAACGAAAUACAUUUAGCAGAAGCUAGAGCAAAUGACCCAGAGUUGGACAAAAAAUUAAAAAAAUUGAACUUUACUUUAAUAACUAACAAUUUGUUCAGGCCUCAUAGGAGAAAAAUGGGUGAAUAUACACCAGCAGAAGCACAAGAAUUACGGAGAUUAAAACCAAGGAUAAUUAUCAAUUCUGAUACUUAUAAAUGCCACUGUAAGUAUACAAGAAAAGACUGGAUUGAAAAAAAGCCUGGGUGCUCUACAGAGUGUUUAAAUCGUUUAUUGAAUAUUGAAUGUGGAAAAGCUUGUGUUUUGAAGUCUUUAUGUACAAACAAGCAAUUUCAAAAUAAACAAUUCAAACGCACUAAAAUUAUCAAAACUGCAGAUAAAGGCUAUGGUGUUUUCGCGCUUGAAGAUAUCCCAAGUGGAACGUUUGUUGAUGAAUAUAUGGGAGAAGUUAUUGAUCAAUGUGAAAUGAUAAACCGAAUGCAAAAAUUAUUGUAUAAAGAUAACAAUUAUAUGGUACAAUUGAAACAUGAUGAAAUAAUUGAUGCUACGCGGAAAGGAAAUAUUACAAGAUUCAUAAACCACAGCUGCGAACCAAACUGUGUUGCAGAAAAAUGGAACGUGUUGGGUGAAUCUCGGAUGGGGUUUUUUAGCAAAGAGCUAAUACGAAAAGGAGAAGAAAUUACUUUUGACUAUAGUUUUGAAAUAUUUGGGGAUGCUGCACAGCAAAAGUGUUAUUGUGGCACACCAAAAUGUCGAGGAUUUAUAAGCAAAACGUCUAGAACAGGAGAUGAUCAAAGCAGUUGCUCUGAGGACAAUGAUGAACAUGAAGAUGACAAUGUGUCGUUAAUAGUUAAACCCGAUGCAUGUUUGGAGAAAAAAAGAAAAGCAAUUAAGAAAAUAUCUAACAAAGAUAGAAAACGUUUACGACAGCUUGAUCAACAGUUAACGGAUAUCAGUAAAUUAAAAAAUAAAAACCGCUCUGACUUGGAGAGCUCAACAUUAAAUUUAAAUAAGCUAAUGGUUCAUAUCACGGAUUCAAUGAGUAGAUCGCAUAUUUUGAAAUUUAUCCGAGAUAAUGAUUUAAACUGUAAGAGGUUAUUUAUGAAUUUUAAUGGAUUGAAUAUAAUACAUAGUUGGAUGACUUCAAAUAAUAACAAACGUUUGAAAUUAGAAAUUGUUGAAACUCUAUCAGAUCUUCCAAUUUCAAACAGGAAUACAAUAACAAAAUCGAAAGUAUUAGAUAUUGUUGCUCAAUGGGCUAAUAUUCCAUUAAACAUAAAAGAAAUUAUUGAAAAUUUAGAGUAUCCAAUAUCACAAAUUAAGGAACAUGAACAAGAAAUUGAUAAAUUGUUACCAGAUAUAAAAAAUAUAUCAUCAUUAGUUAAAGCAGCAAGAAUUUUGUGGAAAAAAUGGAUAGUUCUGAAAAUUGUUUUUAAAAUACCAAAAUUAGAACGUCCAAAAGAAGUGAACAUUCCUGAUGACGUCAUCCAACCACCAAUACUGAUUUCACAAACACAAACAAAUUCUGGUAAUCCUGCGGUUCCUAAUCAACUUUCUAAAAUAAGUUGUGUGCAAAGCCAAGGUAAUGGUCUGACCAAUUCUGUGGAAUCAAUAAGUAAAAUAAUUAAUCACCAGAAAAUUAAUCGAGACAAGAACAAAACGGUUUUGGAAUGGAAAAAACAAUGUGAUCAGCCUUUUAAAAAAAAUAAGGUUAUUAGUCCUGCCAUGGUAAAUUAUUCAAUUAAUUCAGUUUUAAAUCCAAAGCUAAGCUCAACAUCUACAUUUAAAACGAAAAUUAUACACCAAGAUAUUCCAACAAUUGAAAGCAGCACUCUUAGUAAGAAUAUAAAAUGGAGUGACAUCACUGAAAAUAACUCAACAGUCUAUGAUCUUCCAACUGAUUCUUUUGAAAAAAUUAAUUCUACUAAUAUACAAACUAUCGAAAUAAUUGAAACUGAACCCAGUGUAUAUUACCCUAUUGAAGAAAUUAUAACUACAAACCAAACAUGGAAUUUACCGCCUCCAACCAUUGUUGAUCUUUGUAAUGAAUCUACUCUGCAUUCUAUGCUAAAAACAGUUCCUCCAUGUUUACCGAAUGACUUUAUUUCAAAUACGCCUAAUGAAACUAGCCAAUGUUCAUUAUCUUAUGAUACUUUGUGUGUAAUGCAUCCGGAAAAUGUGAUGUAUGAUGCUCUACAUCCAAGCAUUCAAGAACAAUUGGCUUUCCUACCGAUUGACAUAACAUUAAACAAAUCGACUAAAACUCAAUUAGAUAAACCAAAUACUAAUGUAGAAACAACAGAAUCCAAUAAAAAAUACAAAGUGGUACAGCCACUAGAUAAAGAUAUGCAUAAAAAAUACGAAGUGGUACAGCCACUAAAUGAAGAUAUGCAUAAAAAAUACAAAUUAGUACAGCCACUAGAUGAAGAUAUGCGUAAAAAAUUAUUUAAACAAUGCGAAGAAAAUGUGCAACGAUUAAUUGACAAAGGAAUAUUGAAUGAUUGUAAAACAGCUAGACAAAAUUAUGUAGAUCAGUCUCCAAUUAAAAUACUUCAAUCAUUUUUUAAUAAAAAACUAGUGAAAUCAACAAAUGUGGCACCUGAAAAUAAACCAAAUCAACAUGUUUUGCCAAACUUAAUCAAACGCAUAAAAGUAAUUAGCAGUUGUUAUCGAAAACAGCCAUCCAAAAUAAUUGAAAUAAAUAAUUUAAUAAAAUCAAAUUCUCAAAAAAGUAAAAAUGACAUAUUUAGAAUUAAGGAGGACCCAAAGACUGAAAUAACUGAUACAACUUCAGUAGCUUUAAUGUUACAUAAUGAACAACUAAGUACUGUUCCUGAAACACUAAACUUGAAUAAGAUGUUCAAUAAGAUGUCGUUGAAAUUAAAUACAAAAAAUAAAUUUGCGUUUAAAAUUUUGAAUGGUAUGAUAAAACAUAAUUCAAGCAUGCCCAAAUAUUUUACUCUCCAAUUACCAUCAGAUACCAAGAUAAUAACUCACAACCCUUCAUAUGAAUUAGAACUUCACUACAAAUUAAUUCCAUCAGUACAAAAUAUUUUGUGUGCUGAAUUUAAGAAGGGAGUUGAUAAAGAAAUCAUAAAAGUGUACAAACAAAAAAUAGUCAUGAAAUAUGAUGAAACAAAGGCCCCAGAAUCAGUUACUUUAGAUUCAAUAUUAAAAGAAAAUAUUGUUUCAUUUGGUAACAGUAUAGAAAUACCUCAAGUUAAAAAACAAUUAAAAAGAAAAAUGCCAAUGCCACCUUUACACAACCCAAAACAUAAAAAAAUUGUAGAUUCAUCAGUGAAAAAAAAUAGAAAAUCCAGAAAUCAAGCUACAAUAAUGAAUAAAUCUAAUGAUAAUACAGUUUUCAAAAAACCAAUGCCUCAUGUUAUUAAUAGAAACAGCUCUCAACGUACUAAUACUUCUGUUACCCGCCAAUUACAAGAACCUAAAAUAUCAAGUAUUGCACUGAUUAAUACAAAUGCAAAUGAAUUUAGACAGAAACCUAGUACACCAAUUCAAAAUAUACCAAGUACUUCUUUCUUAACAUUAGAUUUGAACGAUUUUAGAUUGGAACCUAGUACAUCAAGUUGUGUAAAACCAUAUAAUGAUCCAUCAAAAAUAAAUCUAAAUGAAUUAAAUGAAGAACCAUCUAAUCAAUUAAUCACAAAUGUUACAUCGUUAAAAACGAAUGAAAAUGAAAUUAGACAAAAACCUUUAAUGAAGUGUUUACCAUUCAAUAAAGUAGACAACAUUUUAAUAACUGAACUAGAACAGAAUGCUAAACUUUUAGCUUCAACUUUAAGUAUGGAUUCUACUUAUGUCUUACCAUCAACAGAAGCUAAUAGUGAACUAAUUGACCCAAUCGUACAGAACUUCAAGAAUUCUAUUAGUCAAAAGAAAUCUAUGAUACGUGCAAAUCUUGUUGAUGAUCCUAUUGUGCGAGAUUAUAUACAACGUACUCAAUCAAAAUCGGUUGAUACAAAACGUAAAUGUAAGCUACCAGAAAGUAUGAUGUCUUUACCUGUUGAGGUUCUUAACCUUGUACCAGACAAUCAAAGAGAAAUCAAGUAUGUUAUUGAUUUUUAUCAUGCAAUGGCUACAGUUAUUGUCAAAGUAUUAGACUUGUAUGUGAAGAAGAGUUGCAAACAAGGGCGCAUAAAAAAUGAUGAUGAUUUCAAAUAUUUAGCUAAAAAGCUCAAUUCCAAUAUUUUAUUCAAAGAACUUCAAGUUAAGAAGGUAGAAGAUUUAAAAAUUAGUGAAAGUGUCAAGCAAAAAGUCGAACAGUACAUUAAAAAAUAUAUGUUAAAGUAUGGAAAACUGUACAGAAGAAAAAGUACUGGUAUGUAG